AGUAUGAACUCUCAGUCAUAGCUGCAGAGCAUGGAGAAGUCAAGUAGUGAGGAGUCCGCCAUCCACCGCAGCCCGUCCGUGGACAGCCGCGACUCGGACUUUGCCCGCGCCUCAAGUUCAGGUCGUCCGUUCGGGGGACGAGGCUUUAAUGCUGGUGCCUUUUACGGCUCCACCGGACGCAAGCAGAGUGCCACGGCACAAGAGGACAAGGAAGGCAACAAGCCCAGCAAACCCAAAGGCAGCAAAUACGUGGUCUUUUACCUGGAUCUAUCCUUUGUGUUCCUUUUAGAAUUCAAGAAGUGCAACAUGGCUAGUGGCUGCCUGUGCUGCUUGAAAUACACAAUGUUCCUGUUCAACCUCAUCUUCUGGUUGUGUGGCUGUGGACUGUUGGGCGUGGGGAUUUGGUUGGCGGUGUCUCAGGGCAGCUUCGCCACCUUUUCGCCCUCUUUCCCCUCCCUCUCGGCUGCGAACCUGGUCAUUGCCAUAGGUGCCAUCGUCAUGGUGACAGGCUUCCUGGGUUGCCUGGGCGCCAUUAAGGAAAACAAGUGCCUGCUCCUGAGUUUUUUCAUUGUCUUGCUGAUUAUUUUGCUGGCCGAGCUGAUUCUGCUCAUCCUUUUCUUCACAUUCUCGCAUAAGGUCAGCGAGAAUGCCAAGAAGGAUCUGAAAGAUGGUCUUUCUCUCUACUAUACAGACAACAACAUCGGCCUUAGGAACGCCUGGAAUAUCAUCCAAGCAGAGUGGAAGUGUUGUGGAGUGACCGGGUAUACUGACUGGCACGAGGCUUUAAAGGAUAAGGUGGUACCCGACCGCUGCUGCCAGGAACAUUAUCAGGACUGUGGCCGCAACAUCACCAAUGAGUUCUGGAAGAAUGGCUGCUUUGAGAAGGUGGAGGAGUGGCUGGAUGAUAACAAGCACCUGCUCGGCACGAUCGCCAUGUGCAUCUUAGUCGUCCAGCUGCUCGGAAUGGCCUUCUCCAUGACACUGUUCCAUCAGAUCCACAGAACGGGAAAGAAAUACAAUGCCUAGCCUGGUUCUUAUACAUGGAGAGGCUCCAGUACUUUAUGGGACUAUUUAUUGGUAAAGAAAACUUCAUCUUCUACCUAGUGGCCAUGUCCUACCUUUAUCCCAUACUCUCCUGUAACCACAGUGUACAGACAUCAGCCAGGCAUUGCUCUUUUCUCUCUCUUGACACUAAUGCCGCUCAUCUGCCAAGGACAAAUAUGGAGAAGAAGAAGAGCUUGGAUUCUUUAUUCAAGAUACUUUGCCCUGUGUGGUUCCACCUUCUCUAGAACCUUUAUUUUUUAUGCUUGAUUAUUUUUUAUGCUUGGACUAACAAUUACAGGACAAAUAUCACGAUAAUGAACUGCUUUGCUUUACUAAUGUAUAAUUCCUAUUCUGUAAGGAGAAGAGACAAUAUGAAAGACUGACUGCGCCACCGCCAUCUGCAUUUUAAACGAUGCUCGUGUUCAAUUCCCUCAACAAUGAAAAAAGGUUCCAUUCUAGCAUGCUGCAAUGUUUUCCUAGGU